AUGACAAAAGACGGAAAGAAAAGACGUGGAGUGACGGUCCGUCGGCGUCGAACGAUUCAAGUGGGCGGGGCCUAUUGUGGGCGGGGCCAAGCCGCCUCCGCUCUCCGUCGUCUUGUUCGAAAUGGACAAGGUGGGGACCGAUGAAAGUUCAAUAUUGUAGUUUUAGAAAAGCACUUGUGAAUCCUUUAAAAUUAAUUUUUAGAAGAGAAUGGGAACUUCAAUAUAUGAAAAAUACUGGGAAAGGUUGGACUAAACUUUUUUCGAGCUUGAAAUCAAUUUUCGCAAGUCAGAGCGAACUAAUAAAAAUUUUUUUUCGCUCGAAGAAAGUUCAAUAAAUAGUAAAUACUCAGUAAUGUUGAUCUGUUCAGGGAUAUUCUAAAAAAAUAUAAAAAUUGGGAUUCAAACUUUUAUUAACUUCCGAGAUUAUUAUCUUUCUUGUAAGAUAUACUUUUUCAGUUAAGGUUCAUUUUUCAAGCCUGAAGACUUGAUUGAAAAACAAGGGGAAGAUGUAGAAGGUGUUGGCAAAAGUUCAAAAAAAGACGCCACGGGACGGUCGGCCAGUGGAAGGGACGCCGGCGGCACCAGGCUCCUCGUCAUCUUUUCGAAACAUGGCAAGACGCCAAGAUGUAAAAACUGUCCUUUUUUGUAUUAGAGAGACUUGCUGAAUAAGAGUUUGUGUAUCAAUCAGAAAAUUAGCUCAUAAAAGAACUUCUGAGAAAGACUAAAAACGUUGUUUUUCUUGUCAAAUGAGUUUUGCCGUCAGUUGUUGAGAUAAAGGUCUUUUUAGUGACUGCUCAAAAUUUUAAAAAAGCCAUUCUGAUCUCAUUUCAGGAAAAGACAUGAAUACUGCUACUGGUUCAUAAAUAUAGGCACGUUUUGUUACUCCGCUUUUUUUGAUAGAAUUAAAAAAUAAGUUCUUGUUUCUGGUUGCAAAUAUUCUCUGUGCGCAUUCUUUUCAUCAGUCUGGGCUGUUUUUUCUUCGCGAAGAAGCUUACUACAUAGUUCAGUUCAAGUUUUGAAAAAAUUCUUCUUUUUUUUCACUUCAACAAACUCAAAAAUUUGCUCAAGAUCCUUUCUCUAUUAGGAAAAAUGGAAAGAUCUAGAAAGUUCAAAAAGAACAAAAGACGCCGCGGGACGGUCGGCCAGUGGAAGGGACGCCGGCGGCACCAGGCUCCUCGUCAUCUUUUCGAAACAUGGCAAGACGCCAAAGCGUUCCUUCUCUCUUUUCGUGAGGGGCUUGCGAAAAUCAAAAAAAAGUGAAAAAUAAAUGCGAGAAUGGUAUUUUCAAGGCUAUUGGCUAUUUUAGAGAUGAGUUGAUAAUGAAAGGUUUGGAAGCUAAAAAAUGGCUCAUCUUUCUUUUUUAAUAAUGGGAACUUGCCAAAACUCAGAGACUGGCUUUUUAUAACCUAGGGGGGGGGGGGCUUGGAAACACGAUAAAAAAUUUAAAAAGUGGCUAGGAAAAAAGGGCCAAAAAGGUCUCUGAAAAUAAAAAAUUACAGCUUUGAAGUCAUCUUCAAACGGUUCUCUGUGUACUCUGUGUCUUAUUCAAAGACGCACUGUUAUUUCAAUUUUUUGAAUUUCCUUCUGAAAGACUUGCUAAACCUUGUCUCAUCUCAAUGUACAUUCCUAGGCUCGAUCAAGGUGUAUCCAUCGGGUUUUCGUUGUUUUUUGGACCUUUCUUUAUUUCACAUUUCACUAUCUAGUUCAUUUAAAAUUUCUUCUUUUCUUUGAGCCGAACGUCUUCGAAAACCCCCAAUUGAUCCACUUUACAUUAGAGACAAUGGAAAGAUCUAGAAAGUCCAAAUAGAACAAAAGACGCCGAGUGACGGUCGGCCGGCGGCACCAGGCUCCUCGUCAUCUUUUCGAAACAUGGCAACUCGCCAACACGUUUUUUCUGUCUCUUUUCGUAACACAGGGGCUUGCGAAAAUCAAAAAAAGGUGAAAAAUAACAUCGAGAAUGGUUUUUUCAAGGCUAUUGGCUAUUUUAGAGAUGAGCUGAUGACAAAAAUUUGUAAGCUUAAAACGGCUCAUUUUCAUCAAGGUGACCAAAUUCUUGGUUUUUCGUUUCUUUUCCCACUGAUUUUUGAGCAAACCUCAAGGAUAAUACGUUAUUGAGGACGCCAGAUAUUCCUUCUUAAGUGCCCCUCCUCGAGUCUUCCCUGGUCUUUUUUGGGUCAGGCCAUCACCAGAUUGCCUCGUUUUUGAAGUUACCGAUGGAUAGAAGUAUAUUUAGCCCCUUAUAUUGAAAAAUUAAUAUCAACUUGCAUUUUUUAAAUUUUACAUGGAUAGAUUACAAUAAUCGGUCCGAAAAAUAUGUUCGGCAUGGUUUGAAUUUUUUUUUUGUUUUCGGAUUUCGUAUUUUUCGAUUUUCCCUUGGAAAGUUGCCUGCUGUAGUGAUUUGUUUCAAUCAAGAGGAUUCGAGUAGAAAAAAAUUAAUAUCUAUAAAGUUUUUUUUAUCUAACAUCACAUUUUUUUUCAAUUUUGGAUCCACUUUUCUCCCAGUCUUCCCUGACUUCUUUUGCCUGUUCUAAAUUAAACUGAACUUUGAACUUUUUAGUUCAAAUUUAGUUUUUUAGGUGUUAGCAAAGCCUCAAUCUGUGUAGCAGUUUUUGAUUGAAAUAUUGGAUUUUUCAUGGUUAGACGGGUAUUUUCAAUAUUUUCAUUCUUACUUCUAAAUUUUGGAACUUUAUUUUUUUUUCAGCAUUUUGAGUGACAUAACAUUGACAGGUACAUAAGGUGGAACCAAUGAGGAAGAGUUGACGGGAACUUGAAUCGAUGGAGGAGUCAGUGUUGUUCACAGUAAGCUGAGCUGCUCCCUCUGUUCUCCUUUCUUUGUUCACUUUUCCGAUGAAGACAGUCUAACAAAGAAUUUAUCUCAAACUUGGGUAAUUAAACCAUAUAAAUAAAAUAGAACGAAACAAAUUAUAAAAUGCGACAAUAACUAUAAAAUUGUUGGGCUGGCCAGAGGAGGGAGUCCAAAAGGUUUGAGACAGGCCAGAGAUGUCGAGGAAACGGUCUUUUUCCUCUUCAAGGAGCGAACCAGAAUCGUUAAUAACGAACGGUCUCUUCUGACUCUUGAAAGGGACCAGCAUCCUCUUGUUUAG